CCAUGAUCCUUCUCUUUUGCUUGCUUGCUAGCUUGCUUGCGUUGAGCUGCUCGACACUUCCUCUAUCCGGCAACCAUGACGACCCGGCUGAAGAAGAACCGCAAGAAGAGAGGCCAUGUCAGUGCCGGGCAUGGACGUGUUGGCAAGCACCGCAAGCAUCCUGGAGGUCGCGGUAACGCUGGUGGUUUGCACCACCACCGCAUCCUCUUCGACAAGUACCAUCCAGGGUACUUCGGCAAGGUCGGUAUGCGGUACUUCCACAAGACUAUGAACAAGUUCCACUGCCCAAUUGUCAACGUGGACAAGCUCUGGUCGCUUGUGCCUGAGGCUGUGAAGGAGAAGACCGAUGGGGACAAGUGUGCCCCUCUCUUGGACGUCACACAACACGGCUUCUUCAAGGUGCUUGGAAAGGGUGAUCUUCCCACUCAACCCAUGGUGGUCAAGGCUAAAUUCUUCUCUAAGCUCGCUGAGAAGAAGAUCAAGGAGGCCGGAGGAGCUGUUAUCUUGACUGCCUAAGUUCAAGUCAACGUUCGACAACCUAUGCACCUGUGUGUUGUAGUAUGAUUUUGAAACGUUCUCAUCAUGGUUUUGUAGGUGUUUGUCAUACCCUUGUCAUGGAACUUGUUUGUACUAACAUAUCAGAAAUGCAAAGUUCUUUUCUGUUCAUACCUAUA